GAACUUGCAGAGGACCCCUUGUUCGCGCUCGUGCUCACCCCCACCAGGGAGCUCGCUCUGCAAAUCGCCCACCAAUUCAGGGACCCUCUUCCCCUCCCCACCCUUUCUUCCCUCCUGCGCCCCUCCACCUGCCCUACCCUCACCUGUGCAGAAGCUAGCCGAGGACCCCUAUGGGGUCUUUGCGCUCGUCCUCACCCCCACCAGGGAGCUUGCCCUGCAGAUCGCGGACCAGUUCAGGGCUCUGUUUGCCCCCAGCGCACACGCGUCCUCUCCCUCCCCCUUUACCUGCCCAUCCCCGCGCCCCUCCUGCAGAAGCUAGCGGAGGAUCCCUAUGGCGUCUUCGCCCUGAAGCUAGCAGAGGACCCUUAUGGCGUCUUCGCCCUGGUGCUCACCCCCACCAGGGAGCUCGCUCUGCAGAUCGCCGACCAGUUCCGGGCUCUGGGCUCGUCGCUCUCUCUGCGCUGCGCUAUUGCCAUUGGGGGGGGUGACAUGGUGGAGCAGUCCCUCUCGCUGCGCUAUGUCUUUGCCAUUGGGUGGGUCUUGCUGGAGCAGGUGAGAGCUCAGUGCACACAUACACACAUCAUGGGGGGUAGUGGGUGCGGUUUUUCUAAAAGGGAUACGGCCACAUGCCAUUACACACGCAGCAUGUAUUUGCGAAUUCAACUCUCUCUUCUCGCCUUCCCUUAUCACCUGCUCCUCUCGUGCCCCUCUCUCACCUUCUCCUCUCACCCGCUCCUCUCUCCUCCCUCUUUCCUCGCAUGCCCCUUAGGCCAUGCAACUGGCGGCCCGGCCCGGCCGCACGUGGUGGUGGCAACGCCGGGGCGAUUGAGGGAGAUGCUGCAGCAGGAGGCGAGCAUGGAGCGAAUUUUCAGCAACCUGCAGUUUCUGGUUCGGGACAAGGCCGAUCGCCUCUUGGAUCGAGGCUUCGAGGAGGAGAUAGCGGAGAUUCUGUUGCUCCGUCUUCUGCUUAACUUGCGUCCCCUCCCAGCCCUCCCUUCAGUUCUUGUCUCGUUUUUUCCCCCUCCCUCUCUCUCCUCCCGCCAGUUCUUGUUCCUGGUGUUGGACGAGGCCGAUCGCCUAUUGGACAGAGGCUUCGAGGAGGAGAUAGGGGCGAUUCUGGCGAGGAUGCCGAAAGAGAGGCAGACGCUGCUCUUCUCAGCCACUUUCACUGCCAACCUGCACGCCUUGAAGGCUAUGAGCAAAACGAAGAAGCUGUUCCAUUUCGAAGCAUACGAGGGCUUUAAGACAGUGGAAGCGUUAGACCAGACAUACCUCUUCCUGCCCUCCAACGUGCGGGACGUCUACCUCUGCCGCCUCCUCUCCCGCCUCCUCCCCUCCCUCCAAACCAUCCUCCCCCCUGCACCGCCCCCCUCCGCCUCUGCUGCCGCCCGCCCGCCUGUGCGCUCGGUGAUCGUGUUCACCUCGUCCUGCCAGUCAUGCCAGGCCGUGAGUGCUCUGCUGGACGAGGUGGGUCUCUCCAACGCGCCCCUGCACGCCCUGCUCCCGCAGCGGAAGCGCUCAGCCGCUCUGCACCGCUUCAAGGCAUCCCAAGUGCCCAUCCUGGUGGCCACAGACGUCGCCAGCAGGGGGCUCGAUAUUCCGACUGUGGACCUGGUUAUCAACUACGACAUCCCCAGGUUCACUCGGGACUAUGUGCACAGGGUGGGGCGAACAGCCCGAGCAGGGAGGGGCGGACGAGCCAUCAGUCUGGUGACUCAGUACGACGUGCACCUGGUGCACAGCAUUGAGAAGCUCAUUGGUCGACAGCUGGCGGAGUGCACUGAUGUGACUGAAAGCGAUGUGCUUAAAUGCAUCAGCAAGGUGUUCAAGGCACGGAGGGCAGCGCUGCUGAAGGUGUCAGAGAGUGGGUUUGAGGAGCGGGCAAAGCAGAGGGCUGAGCAGAAGCGGAAGAUUCGGGAGGAGCGAAGAGAGCGGGAGGGGGGUGAGAAGGGCAAGAAAGGCAAAAUGUCCGUCGUGUUCUAUCCGAGAGCUACGAGUUCACCCGCCCAUUCUGCCGUCCCGUCGUCCUCCCGUUCCGUCGCGAUCGUCGUCGCCCUUCCGUGGCUCUCCCGUUGCCUUCCCAUCGCCCAUCCCAUCGCCCAUCCCAUCGCCCAUCCCGUCCCCCAUACCGUCGCCCAUCCCGUCGCCCAUCCCGUCGCGCAUCCCGUCGCCCAUCCCGUCCGUCCCCUCGUCGCCCACGCCAACGCCCCGAAACUCCCUCCCGUCGCCCUUCCUCUCUCCCAUCCCGUCGCUCCCCUCGUCGCCCUCGCACACGCCCCGGAACUCCCUCCCGUCGCCCUUCCUCUCUCCCAUCCCGUCCCUCCCCUCGUCGCCCUCGCCAACGCCCCGAAACUCCCUCCCGUCGCCCUUUCUCUCUCCCAUCCCGUCCCUCCCCUCGUCGCCCCCGCACACGCUCCGGAACUCCCUCCCGUCGCCCUUCCUCUCUCCCAUCCCGUCCCUCCCCUCGUCGCCCUCGCCAACGCCCCGAAACUCCCUCCCGUCACCCUUCCUCUCUCCCAUCCCGUCGCUCCCCUCGUCGCCCUUGCACACGCCCCGACACUCCCUCCCGUCGCCCUUCCUCUCUCCCAUCCCGUCCCUCCCCUCGUCGCCCUCGCCAACGCCCCGAAACUCCCUCCCGUCACCCUUCCUCUCUCCCAUCCCGUCGCUCCCCUCGUCGCCCUCGCCAACGCCCCAAAACUCCCUCCCGUCGCCCUUCCUCUCUCCCAUCCAGUCCCUCCCCUCGUCGCCCUCGCCAACGCCCCGAAACUCCCUCCCGUCGCCCUUCCUCUCUCCCAUCCCGUCGCUCCCCUCGUCGCCCUCGCACACGCCCCGAAACUCCCCAUUGUCGUCCUUCCUCUCUCCUAUCCCAUCACUCCCUCCCGUCGCCUUUACAUCUCUCCCCUCCCAUCUCCCGCAUCGCCAUAG